AGGAAAAAAAGACAGAAUGUCUAGGGAUGGAUUUAGUUAGCUGCAGGCGUCUGAACAAGUCUGGACUACAGAAUUUCACAGAAGCAAACAGCACAACCGGGAGACAUGACUUUAUUUUUCUGCUCAUAGUCAAAUGUGAGGAUUUUGAAGGCUGGCCUGUUAACAAGAGAAGACAGCUGGCAUAUGCUCGCGCAUCGCUCAAGAGCUGUCUGAUAAAUGCGCAUUUUAAAUCAAAUCUUUCGACUUAUUUUCUUGGGAAAUUCAGGCUCAUUUAAAGGAAUCUGUCAGGUCAUGCUUCACUAACACUGCGUCCACUGCUGUUGCACCUUGGUCUUCUGGUGACCCCUCCUGAGCUGAUUUGAAAAUGGGGUGGUUGCAGCAAUGGAAUCUGCUGGCUGCUGUGUUGCUGUGUCUUCCCUCAUUGUCUACAGCUCAAGGCCAGUGCAAUAUUGUUGGUGCAGCAGAUAUUGUGUUCCUGGUGGAUGGAUCAUCCAGUAUUGGCCGGACCAAUUUUGUCUUGGUUAAGAAUUUCAUGGCAGGGAUUGUCAAACCCUUUGCCAGGGCGGUGGGAUCCAAUGGCAUCCGCUUCGGAGCCAUACAGUACAGUGAUACUGCCCGGGUGGAGUUUACAUUCACUGCAUACCUGAAUGGCACUGAGCUUAUAACUGCCAUAGAGAAUAUCAAUUAUAAAGGUGGAAACACCCGCACUGGGGCUGGCCUCAAAUACAUUGCAGACAACUUCUUCAACCCUGCCUCUAUCAGAGAUGUACCCAAGAUAACUAUACUCAUUACUGAUGGUAAAUCUCAGGACAAUGUACUGGAACCUGCUCAAAAACUACGUAAUUUAGGGGUCAAAAUAUUUGCAGUAGGUAUAAAGAGUGCAGAUGCAAAUGAGCUGAAACUUAUUGCUUCUCCUCCUCAAAGUGAGUUCACAUCCCAGAUUGGAAACUUUAAAGCUCUCAGCUCAUUGCUGCCCUUAGUGUCUCCACGGGUCUGUACAACGAGUGGAGGCUCUUACUCAAAUGAUGAAUCCUACAGUGGUCCAUCAGACUUGCAGAUUUUUGGUGAGACCACUGAUUCAUUGAGAUUACGAUGGUCACCUGCAGGAGGGCCUGUAAGUGGCUAUGUGGUUCAAUACAGACCCCUUUCUGGCCUGGGUCAGCCAAUCAAAGCAGAGCUCCGACAGGAAACAAUAGGAAGCAGCCAGCUCAACUAUAUUGCACGAGAGCUGCGGUCGGGCACAGAAUACCUGAUCACCGUUAUUGCUCAGUACCCCAACAGCCUGGGAGAGCCAGUGUCUGCCAAGGCCCGAACAAAGCCACUCCCGGGUGUGACUGCACUACGACUGGUCCAAGCCAGCUAUUUUACUCUCGCUUUGGCCUGGGAUCCUCCAGCCGACCCAGUGCAGGGCUACAGAAUUACAUAUGGACCUACAGGUCAGCCUGCUGCACAGCUGGUGGAACAGUCUGUGGGGGUGGAGUCUAGUUCUCUGACUUUGCGCGAUCUUAAAGCAGACACGGAAUAUGUCAUCAGUUUGUACCCCCUGUUUCCCCGAAACAGUGUCUCACCAGCUACCCUGACUGCCCGCACAUUACGUUUAGAAGGUGUUCAGCAGCUCUCGGUUCAGACUAUCACCAACGACAGCGUUCGAGUCCGCUGGACGGGAGUAUCAGGGGCCAGAGGAUAUAGAGUCGUCUGGGGCCCUUUUACAGGAAGUGAUGUGGAGACCGUAGAGCUGAGAGAUGAUAGUGAAUUCACUCUGGUGAAUCUACAGCCAGACACAGAAUAUAUUGUUACAGUCAUCGCCUUAUACAAUGGAGAAGUUGAAGGACCUGCGGCCACUGCUCGCUUUAAAAUUGAACGCUCAGAGGAACAGGUUCUGAGAGCCACGACUUCUGGACCCACAAGCAUCAGAUUGAACUGGAACUUCAUACAGGCCGCUAGAGGUUACCGGUUGGAAUGGAAAGCUGGGGAGAGGGCCAGAGUUCAGAAGCAGGAUUUUCCACAAGGCACCACCAGUUAUGAGCUCAGAAAUCUACAACCGAGCACAGAGUACAUCAUAACUCUAUUCACACUCUAUGAUGGGCGCGAGGAGGCCACUUUCUUUUCAACUAAACCUACAGUAGAGCAGUCAGUCGGUCGUGUCACAAACCUAAGGGUGGUGGAGACAUUAGGAAACAUUGUGCGCUUGGGAUGGACGGGGGUCUCUGGAGCAACACAAUACGACAUUGCCAUACUUAAUACACAAUCUAAUACAGAGGUGAACAGAAGAGUUUCUGGAAAUCAGACUACACUGGACCUCCAGGACCUUGAAGACGGUGUACGCUACGCUGUCAGUGUGACUGCACUAGUCGGUUUCACUGAAGGAGAUCCGACGACUGUGUAUAUCAUAGCGGAUCAACCACUGAGAGUCACCAACUUGCGUGUGGUCAGCAGCAACAGCCGAAGAGUCAGGAUUUCAUGGAAUGGUGUUUCCGGGGCAACAGGUUACCGGGUUACUUGGAGACAAAGCAACAGUGCAGAGCAGUUUCGUGUGCUAGGUGGCGAUUUCGCUACAUACACUAUUGACGGACUGCAGCCUGAUGACUCUGUUAUUGUGGGCGUUUCCCCAGUGAUUGACGGGAGGGUUGGAGAAGCGGUCACUGUGACUGCUAGAACUAGUGGCUUUAUCGGAACGGUUACAGGGCUCAGAGUCAUCGAAUACUCAUCCUCUAGGAUACUAAUAUCUUGGGCUCCUGUGAAUAGAGCAACAGGCUACAAAAUCACUUGGCGGCAAAGUGGCGGAGUGGAAGACUUUGAGACUGUAGCUGCUGAUCUCACUUCCUAUGCCAUUGAUAGACUCCAGGAAGGUGCAACCUACCAAGUGUCCGUUUCAGCCCUUGCGAACUCACGAGAGGGACCCGCUGCCACUGUGACCGCUAGAACAGAUCAGACCACGAUCGCACGUGUCACCAAUUUACAGGUGCUGGAGGCCCAGGGCGAGGUCAUCCGAGUCAGCUGGGUUGGAGUUCAGAAUGCAUCAUCAUACAGAAUACUCUGGAAGAGGACUGAUGGAGGAGAGGAGAGAAGUCAGCUGGUCGGUGGCAAUGUGACAUCAGUGGAUCUGAGGCAGUUAGAUGAGGGCGCGCAGUAUGAGGUGAAGGUUCUGGCUGUAGUCCGUAACAGAGAGGGCCCACCUGUGUCCGUCAGAGUCACCACAGGGGGAGUGUUGCCACAGAAUAUAGUAGUAGAAGGACUACGUGUGUUGGAUUCAACCCCCGGGGGGCUGCGAAUAACCUGGAGACCAGUGAGGGGAGCCAACGCAUAUCGAAUCUAUUGGAGGUCUUCACAAGGCGAGACUGAAUCAAGUCGUCUCAUUAGUGGUGAUGCAACCUCAUAUACCUUGGAUGGACUUCAACCUGGUCUGUCCUACAUUAUAAGAUUUUCUGCUUUGUUGGAAGGUGGAGAAUCUAAAGCUACCACCAUCCAAGCAUCCACCGAUCCCUUGCCACCCGUGCCAGGUUUGAGUGUGACGGACAGCACUGAGAAUUCGGUGCUUAUGGGCUGGUCACCUGUAACGGGAGCCACAGGUUAUAUUUUACGCUGGAGAGAGAGAGACACAGGACCUGAUCAAUCUGAGACACUGCCUGGAACAGCCACUUCUUUUCGUGUGACCGGUCUGCGUUUGGGCCGCCGGUACCGCUUCACUAUCCAGCCCACCUUCCAGAACCAGAUUGGACCUGAGAGCAGUAUGGAAGAGCGCACAGUGUGUGUUGGAGGGCGUUUGGACGCGGUGUUUCUCGUCCCGGCAACUCGCAAUCGCUCUGGUCUGGCUGAAUCUGUGUUGUCGCUGCUUGCCAGUGCUGCUGGAUCCUUCACCUCCAUUGGUCCUAGAUAUUCCCAGUUGGACGCGGUGUUUCUCGUCCCGGCAACUCGCAAUCGCUCUGGUCUGGCUGAAUCUGUGUUGUCGCUGCUUGCCAGUGCUGCUGGAUCCUUCACCUCCAUUGGUCCUAGAUAUUCCCAGGUGGGGGUGGUGGUGUACGGUGAAGAUGCAAAAACAGGCUUCCUCCUCAAUCAGCAUAGCAACACAGGGGCCCUUCUGGCAGAGAUUCUGUCCACCCCAUUCGACAACAGACCAGGAAAUAAUAUAGGCCGAGCAAUGACGUUUGCUCGUCAGUUUCUGCUGAGCGAGCCGGCAGGUCGGAGGUUUAGCGUUCCCGGGGUGGUCGUCAUUGUCACUGAUGAGAAGUCGACCGAUGAUCUGAGCCAGCCUUCUGCUGCUGUUAGGGCCGAUGGUGUGACAGUGUUGGCGGUAGGAAUUGGACGUGCGGACCCUGGAGAGCUGCGUUUGGCAGUGACUGAUGGCAGCACUCAAAAUCUGCUCUAUGCGCAGGACUCAAAUCAGCUCUACAGUUUCCACCCCGACCUGGCAGACCUCAUCUGUGGCCUUGCACGAGGGACCGGUGUCACGAAUGGGCCUUGUACUGUAGAGUGUCCCGGGGGGCCUAAAGGAGAACCUGGACAAAAGGGUGAAAGAGGCAGAGAUGGAGUGGAUGGAAGGAAAGGCGAGCCUGGUCGUGAUGGUUUGCCUGGCCGUGAGGGCACCAGUGGCCCAGUAGGGCCACCAGGUCAACCAGGCAGCAGUCUGGGUGUGAGAGGAGAGAAAGGCGAGAGAGGUUUCCCAGGAUUAGAUGGCAGUCCAGGUGUUCCAGGUCGCCCUGGUACUCCUGGGGCAGUUGGACUUCCAGGCAGUCAGGGGUUACCAGGUGUUAGAGGGGACCCUGGAGACCCAGGUAUUGCAGGCCCUCAGGGUUUAAAGGGAGAGAAAGGUGGAAGGGGGGAACCUGGAUCUGCUGCUGGAGGAGGUUUACCAGGACGCAAAGGAGAGCCAGGAAUUCCAGGGAUCCCGAGCACGCCUGGUAGGCCAGGUGUAGAUGGGAGAAAGGGAGAGGCAGGUGAACGAGGUUUGCCUGGGCAGGAUGGUCGCCCUGGCAUACCAGGCACCCCUGGACUUGUUGUUAAGGGUGACAAAGGCAGUACUGGAGAGAGGGGUCCUCCCGGAGUGGGCAGUGGGGUAGCAGCUAAGGGAGAUGCUGGUGAACCUGGACCCCCUGGUCCACCUGGUCCGCAAGGCCCACGAGCACUGACCGGAGCCAAAGGAGCCAAAGGAGAACAGGGAGAGGGUACUGAGGGUAAAACAGGCCCCCCAGGACCGACUGGAGACCCUGGUGAUCGGGGUCCCAGAGGACCUCCCGGUGAAAUUGGAACUAAGGGUGACAGAGGACAGCCUGGUGCACCUGGUUCAGAUGGAGCCAAGGGAGACAGAGGCCUGACUGGUCCGAUAGGAGACAAGGGCGAUAAAGGUUCACAAGCCCCCCCUGGGCCUCAAGGACUCAGGGGUUUGCCAGGGAGCAGCGGACCCCCUGGAGAGAAGGGUGCCGAGGGGACCAAAGGGGAACCAGGAAGCAUUCAGGGACCAGGUUUAAUAGGGAAGAAAGGAGAACCGGGUGCAAGAGGCCUUUCAGGUGCUGAUGGCUCCAAAGGUGAUAAAGGAGAAGCAGGACAAAAGGGGGAACGGGGUGUACCUGGAGCAGGUGAGCCUGGACAAACAGGACCUAAAGGAGACCAGGGGGAUCGGGGUCUAGCUGGAUUAUCUGGAAAACCCGGAGCAAAAGGCAGUCAAGGUGACCCAGGGGAGAGAGGAGAGUCUGGCAGUCCCGGUUCACAAGGGCCCCUGGGCCCACGAGGGAAAGAUGGGCUUAAAGGUGACAAAGGAGAGGAUGGGAUUGGAGGAGAACCAGGGUCGUCGGGUAAACCAGGAGAGCGAGGUCUAAGAGGAAUACCUGGUCAACCAGGUCAGCCUGGGCCAAAGGGGGACAUAGGUGAUCCAGGGGAAGAUGGACGAAAUGGCACACCAGGGUCAACUGGACCAAGAGGCUCAAAGGGAGACCAGGGAAUAGCAGGACCCCCUGGGCCCCCUGGAGAUGUGAUAAGUGGAGAGAAACAAUUUAAAGGUGACAGAGGGGAAAAGGGGGAGGCAGGUGACCCAGGGGAGCAUGGGGCUAAAGGUCAGAAGGGUGAAGCAGGAUCACCGGGCCCUGUAGGACCAAGUGGUCCUGAGGGACAGCGUGGACUUCCAGGUUCAAGAGGUGACCUAGGCGAUAGGGGCAGUCCAGGAGACAAGGGAGAAAGAGGAGCUGCUGGCUUGGAUGGACGAUCAGGUCAGGAUGGGAAACCUGGGACGCCUGGAGCUCCUGGAUUACGGGGUGAGCCAGGAAAACAAGGGGAUCCUGGCAGAGAUGGCUUAGUUGGACUCAGAGGACCUCAAGGACCUCCAGGUCCACUAGGACCUUCAGGAAUCGAUGGCACACCUGGUAAAUCAGGGGAGGAUGGAAAACCAGGACUGCCAGGAAAAGCAGGCGAGGACGGCAUGCCAGGAGAAGACGGUCGCAAGGGAGAUAAAGGAGAACCGGGAGCUGCUGGAAGAGAUGGUCGAGAUGGAAUAAAGGGCGAUCAGGGCAUUGGGGGGCCCAGUGGUCCACCUGGUCCCAUUGGACCUUCCGGGCUUCCCGGCAGUACCGGACCACCAGGGCCGGUGGUCUAUGUUAAAGGGGAGCCAGCUCCAGUUAUUCCAGGCCCCCAGGGCCCUCCAGGGACCCCUGGUAUCCCCGGUGUUCCAGGAGCUGCUGGAGCGAGAGGAGAAAGAGGUCCGCCAGGCUUGAAAGGAGACGUGGGGGAUCCAGGGGAGGAUGGUAAACCAGGGACUGCAGUGGAUGUAAAGAAAGCUUUUUCAGAAUUUGGCAUUGAGAUCAGGAAUCUGAAAAUAUUGCUUGAUGACAAAAGCUUGACACAGGACAGAACAAAAGGUGAUAAAGGAGAUGCUGGACCUAGAGGCCCUGCAGGAGCUGAUGGUGCACGGGGUCUUCCGGGUGAACGAGGCCUGAAAGGAGAGCAGGCUGAAAAAGGGCCUCCUGGACCACAGGGUCCCCCAGGCAGGGCAAUUGGAGAAAGAGGCCCAGAGGGUCCACCGGGACAGGCAGGUGAACCUGGCAAGCCAGGAAUACCUGGAGUACCAGGACGAGCCGGUGAACUUGGAGAAGUUGGCAGGCCUGGGGAUAAGGGGGAGAAAGGGGAUAAAGGAGACAGAGGACUAGCUGGUCUGGCUGGAUUACCUGGCUUAGUGGGGGCUCCGGGACCAAAGGGGGAUGCUGCCACCACUCAGACUGGUUUGCCUGGUCCGAGGGGUCUGCCCGGUCCGCAAGGCAUAAGAGGAGAGCCGGGUCCAGUUGGACCUUCUGGACCUCCUGCAGAACGGGGCUAUACAGGUGCUCGUGGGGAGAAAGGAGAAAAAGGAGGCAGUGGUGAGGCCGGGAAAGACGGCUCCCCAGGAAAUCCGGGUGAGCCAGGAAAAACAGGGCAGGAUGGAAAGCCGGGUUUCAGGGGACCAGCCAGUCCACCAGGCCUACCUGGGAAUCCAGGUGAACCAGGAAUAAGAGGACCGACUGGUCCUAUGGGUGGAAAUGGACCCCCAGGGGCACCUGGUGUGAAGGGUGACUCAGGAGAGCCAGGCACUGGAGUCCAAGGCCCUCCUGGACCUCAGGGCAUCAGAGGGUUACCUGGAUCUGCAGGCACUCCAGGAGCCAUAGGACCACAAGGACCUCCUGGGCUUCCAGGACAAGUGGGAGAGGGAGGCAAACCUGGGGUCCCAGGGAGAGAUGGUGCUCCUGGGAAAGAUGGUCUGCCAGGGUUACCUGGGAAACAGGGUAUUGCUGGAUCAAUUGGCCCUCUGGGACUUAAAGGAGAGCAAGGUGACAGCGGCCCACCAGGACCGUCUGUCGCCGGACCCCCUGGAAAGAAGGGUGAGCCGGGGACUCCUGGUCUGACAUUGCCGGGUACUAUUGGAGAAAGAGGCCUUACCGGAUUAACGGGCCCGAAGGGAGACAAGGGUCCGGCAGGUAUCAAAGGAGACAGAGGAGCAACAGGUGAUCCUGGAGAUCCUGGGGAGAAUGGAGCGAGAGGACCAUCGGGGCCUAAAGGAGUCAAAGGAGAGGCUGGUGUGGGGAUGGAUGGACCCACAGGACAGCCUGGACCUGUUGGAUUAAAGGGUGAUCCUGGUCUUCCAGGUCCUCCGGGUCCUCCAGGGCCACGCGGUUUAAAUGGGACCCCGGGACUGGCUGGGCAAAGGGGGGAAGCAGGUCAGCCAGGACCCCCUGGACUGCCAGGAGAAAGGGGUCUUCAAGGAUUUAUAGGCAAAGCAGGAAACCCUGGAACACCAGGAGGUGCUGGACCACCUGGACCCCCUGGUACUGCGGGUUUUGCAGGACUAAAGGGUGAUAAGGGUGAAACUGGUGUAGGAGUGCCAGGUGCCAGAGGAGAGAGAGGCGACCCAGGGCCUCGGGGAGAAGAAGGACGGGCUGGACUAGAUGGAGAAAGAGGCACUACUGGUCCUCUAGGCACCAAAGGCAACAGAGGAGAUAAGGGUGAUCAAGGUCCUCCAGGAAUUAGAGGGGAAAAGGGAGAAACUCUGCUGGUGGGGGGUCCUGCAGGGGAUAAGGGAAUUAAAGGAGAAACGGGAGACAGAGGACCUAAAGGUGCGCAGGGUGACAAAGGUGCAAAAGGACAGGAAGGACCACCAGGUGAACAGGGUCUGAGAGGCGAGCCUGGAGAACGAGGUUCCACUGGCUUCCAAGGAGCUCGUGGUCCUGGUGGUCAGAAGGGGGAAGCAGGGCAGCCUGGAGUCCCAGGAGAAGCGGGAUCACCUGGAAAAGAUGGCCUGCACGGCAUGAGAGGAGAGAAGGGAGAAAACGGGCUCGUGGGUCUGCGAGGCCUCAAGGGAGAUCGAGGUUCCAAGGGGGCAUGUGGAUCGAGCGGACCAAAGGGCGACAAUGGGGAUGCUGGGAUUAGUGGCAGACCUGGAUUGCCAGGGAGGAAAGGAGGACAGGGUGAAGUUGGCCCUGCAGGUCCUACAGGAAGUCCAGGGAAGGAGGGACUCAUGGGAGCCAAGGGUGACAGAGGCUUUGAUGGAGUAAUAGGGCCAAAGGGAACACACGGAGAGAAAGGUGAAAGAGGCCCUCCUGGUAUACCUGGCCCUCCUGGUGCGAGAGGUGUGGAUGGACCCGCUGGUUUAACUGGCCCUCAAGGGCCUGCUGGAAGUAAAGGUCCAGAGGGACUGCAGGGGCAUAAGGGAGAAAGAGGUCCUCCAGGACCUGCCAUGGUUGGCCCCCGUGGCAUUCCAGGGAUCCCAGGAGAGAGAGGAGAACAGGGGGAGACAGGCCCUGAUGGACAUAAAGGAGACAGAGGAGAACCAGGCAUGACGGAGGAUGCGAUUCGGACUUAUGUUAGAACUGAGAUGAAUCAGCAUUGCGCUUGUGGAGAAUAUAUUUUGGGCGUGUUCUCAGGUAUUCAGGACGUUCAGGUCCCUGUGCCAGUGCAGACUUACAGAAGUCGCUCCUCCACGUCCCCUGAGCACUCAAUAAUCCGUGGGGACGAGGAGGGUCAACAGCUGCGUGUUGUUAUGAACACAAACGACCCAGACUACGAGCACAUUUACUCGAUAGAGACCUAUGAUGAUGAUGCUCCAAUAGGGGAGACUGUCGACUAUGACACCACUUUUAAUAAAAGUCAGGGCGAAACAGUCUCUGUGGAUUCAUUAAAAGCUGAAAGGACAAAAAGACAAGUGAAAAGUGAAGACUCAUGCCUCUUGCCGAUGGAUGAGGGGAACUGCUCUCGCUAUACUCUGCGCUGGUACUUUAAUUCUGAGGUGGGCGCCUGUAGACCUUUUAUUUACAGCGGCUGUGGAGGAAACGCUAACCGCUAUUUACAGAAAGAAGAGUGUGAGCAACACUGUCUCUCACAGUAAGAAGAUUUGUGUUUUAACUUGAAGACAACAGUUGACUGUAAACAGAAUCUCAAACUGCAAUAUCAAUAAACAUAAACCUCAGUGUUGCACACUGCCAUCAUGAACUGAUCUUUUAGGAAUCUUCAAGAUGGUUUCAUGUCAUUGUCUUAUCCUUGACUGCUCUAGCAAAUUUUAAGCAUUGAUUGGCUCUUAGAGAUUUUUUCUUUAUUUAUUUUGUGUGUGUGGAGCUGUCAGACGUCUGUUAACCUUUCCAUUUAGAUUUAACCUCAAAGUUUUAUGUCAUUCUGACCAGCACAUUAUAUGGCAGGCAAAAGUCCAAUACAAUCACCGUUUCACAUGAUUCAUCAUACUGUCCAUGAAUGGUUAUUUCAAGAUAGAAAUAAAUAUGCAUAUAGAAUGGUGCUGACAAUGUGAAUUAUUGUUUUUCGCAUAGGGUAAAUAUGGAAAAUAUCACUUUAUCCUUCAUUUCUUUAUCUUUAUCAUUUCUUUAUUCAGUUUUAUUUGAUGCACAUAAAAUUAGCACAUUUCAUUCAUGUACAGAAAUGUGUGUUCCACACAAAUAUGGUUCCACAUAUUGUAAUUGGUACUCAGUUGGUUCAUAGAACAUGUCUAUGCUGUACACAAUUGUACUGUAAAUGUAGAUCUGUAUUUUUGGUAGCUUGUAAUUCAAAAUGAAUGUUCCUGUAUUAUCGGAUUUUGCAUGUUAAUAACAAAUGGUGCUAUUGAGAUAUUUUUAUUUUGUGAUGUCUGUGUGUUACAUUGACUAUUCAGUAUUUGUGUUCGAUUAUAGUACAUGGAGUACACCAAAUGCUGUUUGUUUGACCACAAAAUAGUUUACAUUUUUGCACAAGACACUCUGUAUUUUAAUAUCACAGUAAAGGUAUACAUUUGGUAUGCAUUCGCAACAAAAUGAUGUUCAUUCACAAUAAACCCCAUUUUGUAUACAUAUAGUGUGGA